AUGGAAGACAAGAAGGACCUCUUGGUAACAGUUGUGAGUGCUCCAGAGACGCAGAGUAAGCUAGCAGAUCCAAAUGAGGACACAUACAUUGGACGUGUACGUAAGACAUUCUAUAUGCUUGAUUUCCGCACAGCUUUUACAACAAAUCAGGCGCUACAGGAUGCACAAGAUCAAGUGUCGGCACAUCGUCGGGGAGAGUCUGUGGAUCCACUUAAGCUCAAGCACGCACAGUAUGUGACAGACGCUAUUCUACAUCCAGACACUGGAAAGCCUGUGAUUAUACUGCUACGUGCGUCUAUGAUUGUGCCUAUGAAUAUGAUCAUGGAUGGUGCUAUGCUCUUGGCCAAUAGCACCAAGACGACGAUUUUUGCACAGUGGCUGAAUCAGACGUACAAUGCAUUGCAUUAUUAUGCCAAUCGCAAUGCUUCUAACCAAGAUACGGCAAAGCAGCGUCUUGCUGCAUACGUGGGUGCCACAGCCAGUUCAGUGGGUGCAUCACUCGGUAUCCGACGCUUGGUGGAGCAAAUGAAAGGUGGCAAGUGGACGCCUGCUGUUGCUCGUACGGGCCCGUUUGCUGCAGUCGCUGCUGCAGAUUUGAUCAAUAUGGCAGUCAUGAGACAAAGCGAGUAUCGAAACGGAGUUUAUGUGUACGACGAGAAUGGAGAUUACGUGGGAAAGUCAAAGACGUGUGGAGCACUGGCAGUUGCUUCAUGCGCGGCGGGAAGGAUCUUUGCCGCUGCACCUAUUUUGUUACUCCCACCACUAGUGAUCUCGAGGAUUGAAAAGCACAGCACGUUGUUUACGCGGCAAAAGACACGAUGGCUGCGCACUCCUAUUCUAUUGGGACUCGUGGGCUGUGCAAUUCAGUUUUCCGUGCCACUGACGUUUGGACUAUUCCGCCAAACUGCGCAACUCGACUCCAAGUACCUAGAGCCAAGUCUGAAGCAGGCUAAGCGCAAGCAGGAUAGCCAACCCGUGCGUGUUGUCACCUAUAACAAGGGUAUCUGA